AUGAGCAACCAUAACCGAUUGUUAUACAAUACUAACAAAAAGCUCCUCAUUACCAUUGUUGGACUCGACACAAUAGCCCAAACGAUGCAUAUAAAUAAUGCGAAUUUUAUUGCAGGUCUGGUUUUACUUACUUAUCAAUUCUCCAUUUCUUUAAAUCAAUACUAUCAAAAAUGGGUUCAUGCUGUGGUGGUUCAUCUUCUGGUUCAAGUGCUAGCAGCACUUUAUGCGGCUCUAGUGGCUUCUCUGGCUCAACAUACUAGAACCUCAAAUAGCUUUGGUAAUCAUUGGAGUUGGUGGGAUUACCUCUUUUAA